GCCUAGUCCGGUGAUUGGGAGUUAUGCGUCGACGAGGGUUGGGACGCCGAGUGUUAUGUGCACGAGUAGAAGCAGUGACAGCGGUGUCGACGAAGUCCUGGCUGUGCAGCCUGAGGAGAGGUUGGUGAGUCCGGGGACGAUCGAGGUUCAGGCGCCGGUGGAGGAAUAUGAAGUCCCGCCUCCUGUCCCAUCAUUCCAGGUUCAGGAGGCGAGCCCGGCUACAUCACCGGUGGUUGAGUACACCACUGUCCGUGCGGCCCAGGAACCGUACGCUAUUCCAGGUCUUUUCGAAGUUGGGUAUCGCCCUUCAUCCCGCACCGGUCCGGCUUCGGAAGCGAGUACGGCCAAGUUGACGAGUGGACAUGGUUCGGCGGCGAGUUUGGCUCAGAUAGCGGUGGAUGCGUUAAGGAGGGCCGUUACGCCUGUUGGGUCUACCGGAGGUGGUGAGGGAGAGGGACAGGGGAUGGGUGAGAUGGCUCUUGCGGCGGAGGAGAGGAGGAAGGAGAGUUUGAAGGAUACGCCGAAGACAGUGUUCAUGAUUGGCGAUGGGGAUGGGGAGGCAUGAGUGCAAUGGAGU